AUGCAUGAAUUAUACAAGACAACUAUAUUAAUUACACCAUGUGGUGGCAUCUCAACGAUAAUACCAUUUUUACCUGAAGGAACACAUGCAAUAGUAACGGAUUUCUAUGUCAAUGAACGAGCAUAUUCGAAGAUUGCGAGAUAUGCGUCGCUAGUAGAAUAUUGUACGAACAGAAAACAACACCAUACAAGUACAGGUAUUCCAUAUCUAUCUCCUAUAAAUCUACUUUCUGUCACAUUAUGGUACUUGAAGCAUUAUCAUACAGAACGUUAUAUAGCAACAGAGUUGAAUUUCGGUCGACCAACAGUGGAGUAUUUUUUAUCGGUGGUAAUAGAUAUUUUAUAUUCCUGUAUUUGUCCAAAAUUGAUUUUAUUACCUGAUGAUAUGAAUGAUGAAGCUACAAUUCAUGGACCUGAACCACACCAUACGUUAAUAGUUGAUUCGACUUGUAUUGCAAUUCAUCAACCUGAAGGUUCUGAACAAUGUGAAACAUAUUACCAUGCAAAAAGUUCGACAAACUAUGUGUUCAAAGUACAAAUAGCUUGCGACUUUCAUCAUCGAAUAGUACACGUAUCCAAAUGUUAUCCAGGUAGUGUACAUGAUAUUACAAUUCUAAGAGAAUCAGGUUUAUUAGAACAUACACAAGAAAAUGUACAAAUUAUUGCUGAUAAAGGAUAUAUUGGGGAACAAUAUGUUGUCACUCCAAAAAAAAACCACGUGGUGCUGAACUAA